AUGGCGUCCAAAAAGCCCCAAGAGAGUCCCGGUGCUAGUCACGAGAUGUCUAUGUCGACAAGAUCGAAGAGGAUAUUCUCCGAAGCCAGUUUUGUAGAGGACACUGAGCAAACACCGCCCAAGAAACUGCGCUCCGAUGUUCCAGAAAUCCAAGUCGAAUCCGCAGCGAAUUCGGACGACGAAACCCCCCAGCCUCCGCCUCCCAUGAGAGCAUCACGUGGCCGUGGCCGUGGUGGCCGCAGAGGUCGUGGUGGCAGAGGUAGGGGCAGUUCCGGACUUUUUGGAAGAGGCUCUACUGCUACAGAUGCUCCACAAACUUCUGUAAAGGGAGGGCGUGGUAGAGGUGGUGGACGUGUCAAGAAGUCUACCAAUGCUCGCAUACAAGCCCUCUACCAUAGGAAGAGGGCCCUCAGACUGCAAUUCAAGCAGAUCAGGUUCAUUCAGAAAGAUGCUCUACUUGAACUGGCUAAUAGGUCUUUGCAAUUUCUAACGGAUCCCAAAUAUCACGAAACCCUUCCGGAGUUCCAAGAGACCAUGAAGGCCCUUGAUGAGAAAUAUCAACAAGUCGUUGACGGCCUCAACGCGAGAUUGAAGAUGGAAGAAGGUUACAUCGACCGAAAGGCUGAGAUGAACUCUGAUCUUGUCAAGCGUCAAUUUGCAGCCAAGAUUGAAGACCUCAAGGACACAUACGAGUCUCGCAUCAAGCAGCAAAUGCUCUACGUAGUGCGCCAAGCGGAGACUGGUGGCACUGCUGAGACAACCCCCUUUCAUCGUGGUCUCCCUGGCGAGGUUGUCAAACAUAUUGACCGACCGCCAAGCAUCGUGGACCCCAUCGCCACUCCUUACCACCCUGGCUUCUUGGAAGUUGAGACGAACCCUUACGUACCUGUAGUCCAUCCUGCUGUUUGGUGGAAAGAAAUUCUUGAUAAUGCUGGACGCGAAGCCUGGAGGAUUGCGGAACGCAAACGCAAGCCCAUUGAGGGUUUCGAACCAGAAGUAGAAAAGAAGAAGGGCGGUAGAAAGAGCAAGAACGCUUCUCCAGCAAAAGGAAAAGCCCAAGCUGAACCAACGGUGGCGCGUAAGAAGUCGUCACUCUAUCGACCUGCUCUGGAAGAGACAGCUGCUCAGUCGAAUGAUGCUUCUGUUGCCGCUACACCUGUCGAGACUUCCGAGGCAGAACCUGAUCAGGAAUCAGCGCCCAAUGCCGAUGGCGACGAGCAGCCUAUGGACAAGUAUGGUGUCUAUCUCCCUAAGAAACCAAUCCCCCGAAAUGGGGAGCCUCCCCAGAACAGAUUUGUGCAAAAGCCUCACGUUACCUUUGAAGAUGACGAGAUUGGUGUAAGAGUACAUCAUUCGAAGAAGGUCCAGCAGGAGCACCUCUAUCUAGGUAGCGAUCCGUCCCCCAACCCUCACAGACUUCACUUCGAUCAGUUUGUGCGGGGAGAGAACUCUGCCUUGAACCGCCCCGAAGAUCUAGACGCUAAACUCGUCGAAAUAUACGGCGUUCACCCGACCUUUGGACUUCCUAUUCCAGGAUCUCGAAACCCUGAUCCGUCUCCGACCGACUGGACCAAGGAUUUGGAGCCUACAUACCCUAUUGUGUUCAUCGAUCCGCAGACAGGGGAUGUCUCCCGCACAUCCAGAUCGGCUUGGAUGAUAGAAGCAGACCGCAAAUGGGAAUCUACAGAUAUGAGUGAGGCCACGAGGAGUAAGGUCCGGUCUGCCCUGGAGGUUUUAUCUCCUCCCACUGCCCCUAAGGAUGAGUUCCAGGACGAGUCCCUUGAUGUGCAGGGUAUUCACCAGUCUCUCAUGAAUGCCGUCAACUCGGCCCUUCUGGAUGCUGUCAACUCUGUCCCUCCCCCAUCACCACCGCCAGCCACCCCAGCUCGGCGUCCCUUCUACGACGCUGCACGCGACACCACAGGGCAUAUCCCAUAUCAGACUCCGUAUAGCCAGCCCACAGCCCGGCAAGGGGGAUCAACGCUGACAGCUCUUGCUGAUGCCGCUGAGAUUGCUCCUCGCCCUCAUACCAGCGUUCAACAAGCUCCCGGAUAUGGAGUACAGUCGGAAUGGAUGUCAAAUGUUCGCUCGUCGCGGUCAAUGGAAGAGUUUCGUCGAGCCCCGCUUAACAUGGGUGAUGGCAGAAUCUUAUAUCGGGACCAAAACCCGUAUCAGAUGGGACCUUCGCGAGUUCACCCGCCACCCCAAACUCAGCAGCAACUCCAACCUCAGCCGCAACUCCAGCCUCAGCCGCAGCUUCAACCCCAGCCGCAGCUUCAACCACAGCAGCAACUUCAGCCUCAACGGCAACUCCAACCACAGCCGCAAUUCCAACCCCAGCAGCAAAUGCAAGCUCAGCCACCGUUCCAACCUCAGCAGCAAAUGCAAAUGCAAAUGCAAACUCCGCAGCCAAUUCCGCCUCAAACUUUCUACCAGCAGACACCCCAGCCACAAGCACACUUUUCUCCACGAGGAUUGCGCCCGCUGGCUCCGGCCCCACCGCUACCCCCUCCUCCUCCUCCCUCGCAGCAGUGGCCACGAUUCCGGCGCCAGUAG